GACGGCUCGUUCCCGAGCUGCGCGGGGGGCCAGGACGAGGCCGAGAGCGACUCCGACCGCGAUGCUGACGAGGAAGAGAAAAUCCCGAUGACGUGCGAGAGCUCCCACGUAGACGAGAACGAGGCUGACAAGAAGCACUUCAAGCCUCUGGACCCCAUUGGCAACCAGGACAACCGAGGUGAUCGAGGCGACCUUCGCGACGGGAAGAAGCGUAUCAGCCCCGAUGAAUUGAUGGAGGUGACGCCCUGUCACAAGUACGAGGAGGAGGGCCACUGGCAGAGGGA